UUGCUCCGGAACUUUUUUUCCACAAGUCAUCUGCUCUUGUCAAUCUGUCAAGCAAAUUGCGUUACACGACUGUAAAAACUGGAAUCACAGCCGAUACAACCUCAUACAACUAAAACAUUUACAUCCCAUUUCAUCGAAUAAAACUUUACAGAAAUGCCGCCCAUUCGUAAUGUAAAGCCUGCAGCGGGAGUUGCUCCUCGCCGUCGUAGCGAUCGGAUUAGGGUCCGCAAUGAGGCUGUCCAAGCUGCUGCCCAGGCUGCUUCCCAAGCUGCUGAGCCUGCCCGGGAAGAAUUCGGGAUCUUGCGAAUUCCCCUGAAUUCGCCAACUAUUAAUGGACCAAGUGGAGGCCGCCCACUUUUCCCCGUACACCGGCGAUCAGUCAUAUCCAUCCUUGAACCCCUUCGCCAGGAACAAAACUUGGCUUUACGAAACAUUUCCGGAACGAAUAACGUCUUUUCACCACCCACACCAUCACCUAACCCAAUCCGAUCCAUUCUUCACCCCAAUCAAGAAGCAAACUUGGCAUUACGAAACAUAUCCGGAACGAAUAGCGUCUUAGCACCACCCACACCACCACCUAACCCAAUCCGAUCCAUUCUUCAACCCAAUCAAGAAGCAAACUUGGCAUUACGAAACAUUUCCGGAACAAAUAGCGUCUUAGCACCACCCACACCAUCACCUAACCCAAUCCGAUCCAUUCUUCAACCUAAUCAAGAAGCAAAUUUGGCAUUACGAAACAUAUCCGGAACGAAUAGCGUCUUAGCACCCCCAGCACCGUCAUCGGUUGCCAGUACCUCACAAGCGGCAGGAUCUGCAGGAUCCCAGACUCCUUUGCAACGCGGUGCCGCUAAUCGGAUUCGGCGUGAACUCUGCAAUUUCAUGAAAGAACCGGUAGAAGGGUGCCAUGUGGAACCCGAUGAAGAGAACAUUUUUAGCUGGAAAGCAACCAUAAUCGGCCCACAAGGCUCACCAUACGAGGGUGGGGUUUUUGACCUAUCUGUAUCGUUCCCGCAGGACUAUCCCUUCUCACCGCCUACAGUGAUAUUUAAUUCUCCAAUUUAUCACUGUAAUAUCGCGUCAACAGGGAAUAUUUGCAUUGAUAUAUUGGGAUCACAGUGGUCCCCCGCCUUAACAAUUUCCAAAGUGCUAAUAUCUAUAUCGUCAUUCCUCUCGGAACCGAAUCCCGAUGAUCCAUUAGAUCCAAUACUUGCUGAUUUGUUCAAACAUAGACGCGAUGAAUAUGAAGAGAAUGCUCGCCUCUGGACCAGCCAGUUUGCUAUACCUGAUCCGGAAUACUCAAGCCCCGAAUAGAUACGA